UUAACAAAAGGUGCGGAUGCAACUGCAAAUAAAGCAUAGAAUAUUAGUUCCUGAGAAGGCAAUAUUUAAGAUACAAGUCUCUUUUGUAUCAACUAAAAAGAAUUUCACUUUUAUUUCAGUUAUAGCUGCUGCAACAUAAUUGAAGAAAUUAAUAAACUAAAAAAUAUUAAGUUUCAUUAGAGAGAAAAAUCUAAUUUUUGUUCCUAUUUAUUUUCAUUUCAAUUUGGUCUCGAAUUUUAAAAAGUAGAUAUCAAAUACAAGAAGAAUAUUCAUAUUUUUCAUGCAUUUAUAAUUAAUUGCACAGUAUGGAGUAUGGAGCUCGUAUACACUGACGACUCUUUCAAACAUACGUCACUCCACAUUUCCUGUCAAUGGCCUCGUUUUUCGAACCAUCGCAUAUCAAAAUCGUGCGCUGUGGAUGGAAUUUUUGCAACGUAAAGCUCCAUAAUUUCCAACAUGGCGCUGCUCAAUGAAGUAAAAUUCGAUUUGAAGUUAACUUUCCGCGUCCUUUUUUUGCAGGGGAUUUUUCUGUUUUCCCGUCCAGCAAGUAGUAAGCGUUAAUGGAAUCAUGCUGGACAUAUUCACCACCCUCCAAGACUCUCUACAAUCGCUCACCGAUGAUUCAUUGAACAGGAUCGAAAACACAGAAUUGGAUAAUGAAAUAUUGAAACUCACUGAUAUCGCUGAAGACCUGCUAUCAAUGUCCGUGGAGGAAAGCGGAGGACAGAGCGGAGACCUCACCACUGAAGGAACCAUAGUUGACAUAAUGAAGACUAUUGAAGACAUUUUGCAGUAUUUCGAUGAUGACCCAGACGUUGCUGAAAACAACCCGGAAGACCUUGCAGCUAUAGUCGACGUCGUGGAAGAAAUACUGUCAUAUUUGGAUGGUAAUAAUGGCUCUGAAGAUGAUAAAUCAAACACAAAAAGGAAAACCACUACUGAAGAGCCUGAGGAAGAAGAAACCAAAAAGCCUAAGAAAAAGCCAAUAGAUGAAGCGGAUUAUGAAGAGGAAGAUACCACUCCAAAAAAGAAAAAGACAACCCCAAGCGAUGAUGAGGAAGAUUUGACGACAAAAAAGAAAACCACAACUGCUCAAGAACCAGAAACAGAAGCUAAAAAAGUUGCAACAUUACCACCAACUACAACAGCAGCAGUUAAAGCGACGACGGAGAGCAAAGUUAAUGCAGAUGAAGAGGAAGAGGGCAAGCCUUCGUCGGGCAAGAAUGUAAGCAUUGAUACGGUAUUAGCAGUGAGCAAAAGACUAAAAAAUCUUUAUUUUAGGACAAUAAUGGUGAAUUGAUAAAAAUCGAAUUUAUAUUUGUGCUAAUACUCUUUAUUAAUUUCAGAUGAAGAGGAAGAGUGAUUGUACUCAUUUUUUCAAUAAAAAAUCAUGUUGUUUCAAUAGCAUGACAAUAAA